UGCAUGCUUUGUACAAUUAGAAUAAUUAAACAUUUGAGAAAUAAAAAGCAUACAUAUAUAUGUUUAGUAAUCCAGAUCAAACUGACAGUCGGCUGUGGAUUUGGCUUGUGGGUUUUGAUUCGAUGAUGCUGAAGUAGCUCUACAAUCACUGCUUCAAGCAUCUGGUCGUGGGUUUACUCGAAACGCAGCACGAUUCGCUUCGCUGGGACUUCGCCAAUCUGACCUUUGACAGCCAGCGAAUGACAAAUGAAAGGUCAGCGUUUCUGACAUCAGCUGAGGCAUCGGAGAAUGACAGACAGUUCAUCGAAAGCUAGCGGGCCGUAUGUAGCGGGACAGCCUGCUGGAAAGCACACUAUUCCCUCCCUCCGAGCUGUCACACAGAACAUGUGCAUUCCCCGAGUCUCUUCAAAUCGUCGUUGUCGUACGUCUAUGUGAUUCCCAUUUGUGCUCAUGAGCCUGCUAGGUGGCUACAAGAAAAAGAGCAGUUACGAUGGCUACGAAUCUUUGCAGCUGGUCGAUAGCAGCGGAGACAUCUGCACCGGGGGACGAAGCGGUGGUGGCGGCGGUGGCGGCGGUGGUUUGACGGCAGUGACCCUCGGCAGCGUUAAAACAGGCCCUGCGCGACAGGACGACUACAGCACCAUGGACAGCUCAGGCCCUCCAUCUCCAGAUAUGGACGGAAACUACGGAGGGGGACUUCUGGAUAUGGUUAAAGGAGGUGCUGGAAAGUUCUUCAGCAACAUCAAGGACAACCUGAAAGACACCAUCAAAGACACCUCUACCAAGGUUAUGAACCAAGUGGCCACGUAAGUCCUCAUUGUGUAUUCAUGGUCUUGUGAACAUCAAAUGUCACACACGGAGCCACCUACAUUGUCCCAAUGUAGAAAACAGCUUGUUAAACAUACCAAACCAUGUAGCUCAGAAUAAAAACUAUAGAAGUCUGUGGAAAUUCCCUAUCAUGAUAGAAAAACGAAUGUGUGUGUUUGUUUUGUGCAUGUUUGCGCUUGUGUUCAUGUGUAAGACUUCAGAGAAAACAGAGUCAAGGUCUUUCAAUAGAGUUCCUGGUGACCUAGUUUUGUAUAAUGAUUGUUACUAUUAAUAUAUAACAGGAGUCCUCAAUGUAAUGACUCUUUUUAGGGGUGUGUGUGUGUGUGUGUGUGUGAG